AUGCGUAAAACAAUCACCGCUAGUAAACGGUAUACAAAGCAUAAAUGUGACGAAAUGUUCUGCAUACAUUGUAAUAAAUUACAAAAGAAAGAUCAUCAUUGUUAUAUUAAACCGGUUAGAGAGCAAAAAAAUGAAUCACGCCCGACAUUGUACUUUUAUGAUUUUGAAACACGUGUGAAUGAGGGCGAUAUCUACAUGAUACCUUUUUAUUGCGUCGUUCAAAAAGUCUGCGAUGUUUGCGAUGAAAAACCGUUUGUGAAAAAUUACGAACAUUUUCUACCGCACCCGAGCGAACCGUUUGCCGACAUCUCUAUCGAACCGGUGCUGUGCUGCGGCUAUCGACAAUACGUGUUUGAAAAAAACAAUGAAGAUAUUGUAUCGGAUCUGGUUGAUUUCAUGAUGACACAACCAAAGAAUAGUGUGUGGGUGGCACAUAACGGGGGUCGAUUCGAUAGUAUUUUUUUAAUGCGCGAAUUAUUAGUUCAACGUAAACAUGUACCGAAUGUUGUAAUGAACGGUAGUAAGGUGAUGUCUUUAGAGCUGGAAGAACGUAAUUUGAAAGUAAUUGACAGCUAUUUAUUUCUUUCCAUGAGGUUGGCAAAAUUUCCCGAAGCUCUCGGGAUUGAAAACGUAACGAAGGGGUAUCACCCUUAUUUGUUUACGGAUUUAAAUUAUGUUGGCGAGAUGGUGGGGUUAGAAUAUUUUGAAUUAGCUCCGGAGGGUAGUAAAGAGCGAAAAGCUUUUGAUAAGUGGUAUAGACAACAACAGAGUAAGACCUAUGUGUUUCGUGAGGCGAUAUAUUAUUAUUGUCGUCUGGAUGUGGAUAUCUUAAGACAAGGAUGCAUCAUAUUCUCCAGGCUUAUCUAUCGGAUUACGGGUGUAUUACCCUUUUAUGACCGCACGUGUAAUACUGUGGCGGGUUUGGCCUUAAAAAUAUAUCGUAAAAAUUUUUUAAAAGAGGAACAAAUUGGGCAAGUACCCACAUGUGGUUAUGGGGGUGUGAAUAUUAAUCAAAGCGCAAUUGCUUUAUGUUGGUUGAAAGAGAUUGAAACUACGUUAAGUGAGAAUAAUCUAGGAUUGUGUAGUAAGCUUAGUGUGGGGGGUGAGACAUGCAUUAUGGGGCAGUAUGUCGACGGCUAUUGUGAAGAGACCAAAACAAUUUAUCAAUUUCACGGUUGUUUUUAUCACGGUUGUGAGCGUUGUUACGAUGGUGAUUGUUACAAUAGCGUUUUAUCUGCGAAAUUUUUUACACUAUUGGGUAGUACGCAAAGAUUAACGCAAACGUUUCGACAAGCAGGCUAUACGGUUGUUGAGAAAUGGGAAUGCGAUUAUCGUAACGAUGUUGACAUGACCCCGUAUCGUUUAAAACAAUUGCGUCUAACAUCAUUUUUUGAAUUCAUCCAAUUGGAACCGCGUGAUGCACUUUUUGGCGGACGCACAUCUCCUGCGGUGCUAUAUUAUGAUAUGAAACAUACCGGGCUUACCCGCAAUGUAUUUUGA